AUGGACGGAUUAAAUGAAGACAAAGAAGAGCUUUACCGACAUUUGAACCAAGAAAUAAAUGAAAAGACGUCUCGUCUUCUUCAAGAAGCUCACGACAUUGUUAAUAAUAAAAAGUUCUCUAUUCCGACCUCGGAAUCAGUUUAUGAGACACUGAGCAAAACAUCACAACAAGAUUUGAAUGUCCCAGCCGUGACCCCAGAGGCCAAAUCUAAACUGCCGCCCGACGAUCACUUAACUGAGGCUAUUUCAAAACUAGGAAAGAAUGCGAAAACCCGCUAUUUAUCUGCAAAAUUACGCGUUUCAGAGACAGAGAAUGCCACGUUAAAGAAUGAUCUUCGUGCAGUACACAGUGAAUUAGAAAAGCUGUCCGCCCGGCUUCAAGAACUUGGGCAGGAGAGAUCCCGCCUUCAGCGACAAAAUGUACAAGAUUCCACAAACCUAGAUCGUCUCCGUACUGAAUUAGAAUCAACUAAACAGCGGGCAGAAAGUUUGACCCUGGAGAAGAUUGCUCUCGAACGCCAGUUAGAAACUGAACGUCGUCAACGCGAGAGGGAUAAGUCAGACGCACGCAGCGUUGAAGUUAGGUUUCAACGCGCUCUAGAAGAUAUCCAACGCCUUCGUGAUGAAGUGGAUAAAUCUCGUUCCGAUAAGGACAGCGUUAAGCGGCAAUUGGAUGCUGUCACGAAUGAUAAUAGGCGUUUGGAACGACAGAAGUCUGAGUUAAUUGUCGCUUUUAAGAAGCAAAUGAAACUCAUUGAUGUACUUCGACGACAGAAGAUGCUCAUCGAGGCCUCUCGAAUGGAGAAGGUGGAAGGCGUUGCGGACGAUUUAUCAAACCUCCCAGCACCUCCACAACCUCCUGGAAUACUAAUUCGACAGGGAGCAGAAGCUAGAAUUUACAGCGUUCCAGCAGGAUUCCUCACCAGUUUUCCAGGUCUGGCUUGCGUCGUGAAGGAAAGAUUUGUAAAGACAUAUCGCCAUCCAGCUCUAGAUGCCUCUCUAUCACUUCGACGAAUGCGUGCAGAGGCAAGACAACUUGUGAAAUGUCGCCAAUUGGGGCUACCGGUUCCAGCGCUUUUAUUAGUUAAUCUAGCGCACCGUCAGCUGUGGAUGGAGAAUGUUUGUUCACCGUAUGGGAUGUCGCUAGGAGAUUGGUUCCAGCAGGCUCUGAAGCUCGAAUCACCCCGUCAGUAUUUGGAUCAAAUGGCGAAGAGUUUGGGUCAAUUGUUGGCAAAAAUGCACGCAAAUUGUAUCAUUCACGGAGACCUGACCACAGCAAACAUCCUUGUACAGAUGAGCAAACCAGAGGACAAGUUGGACAACUACCGUCUCUACCUCAUUGACUUCGGACUUUCUUCCAUCAAUCACCGCGCAGCAUCUAACCUUCACGAUGAAGAGAUAGCCGUGGAUCUCUACGUCUUUGAAAGAGCUCUGAUCAGUGCUCUGGAGACUCGGAAAGGAGGCGAAGACUUUGAGUUCACUCCCCAAGCCUUCUUUGAGGCUGUUCUCGCGGCCUACAUUGAGACUUAUCCAGUUGAAGUCCUCGCUAGACCUAUCGAAACGUCCACUAUGAUAAUGCAAAAACAGCCACGAUAUGGGAAGAAGCGAACUCGUCAUCAUUCCACCUCACGGCUACCGACUCACGAAGACGGAGUCCAUGAGGUGAACGGAAUUUUACGAACCCUCAAGGAAGUUCAAGCAAGAGGUCGUAAACGCCUCAUGGUCGGCUGA